GGCUCCGGCACUUCUGGCGCCCGGGCCGGUGGGCGCGCUUCUGGGGCUCACGUCUGUGCCGGGCUCUCGAGCAGCGAGCGUGGCAGUGUGGCAAGCGGCGACCGUGCGGGCGGGCGAGCGGUGUCGGCGGCGGGAUGUGCUCGGCCGGGGAGCUGCUGCGGGGCGGCGCCGGCGACGGGGAGCGCGACGAGGACGGGGCGGCGCCGGCGGAGCGGGCGGAGGAGCGGGAGCCCCGGGCGAGCCCGCGGCGCAGGCGGCGGCAGGGCGAGGGCGAGCAGGAUGUUGAAGAAUCACAAAACCACACUGGCGAACCCAUUGGAGAUGACUACAAGAAGAUGGGAACACUUUUUGGUGAACUGAACAAAAACCUCCUCAACAUGGGCUUCACAAGGAUGUAUUUUGGAGAACGAAUUGUGGAACCAGUAGUGGUCAUUUUCUUUUGGCUUAUGCUAUGGUUCCUUGGCCUACAAGCCCUUGGACUAGUUGCUGUUCUUUGCCUUGUCAUUAUUUAUGUACAGCAGUAAAACACUGGACAUUUGGUAGCCAUGUAUGUAAUUGAUAGAGCUAUCUAUACACUUGGGCUUUUUGAAAGCCAAAAUGGUUUGACAAAUUUCAUAUUGUAUACUGGCUGUUUUGUAAUUAAAAUUAUAAAUGAAUUUCUUUAAAAUGCAACUCUUUGUUAUAACAAGGAUGAAUAUAUAUUUUUGACUAUAUAUUAGCUUAUUCAAACUCUUUUUCACUCCUGUGAUCUGUACCUACCUUGAGACACCUUCUUCCCGUGCCACAUCUGAACAUGGCCCAACAGUGAUGGGGGAAAUAGCAUGGCAUGGAACUGCAGUGAAGCAAUGCAGAUCUUGUAAAGUUCCAGUGAAACAUUUUGGAAGAAGAAGGGAAAAGUUUUAAUUAGGAAACUGCUCCACCCCCACCUCCACUGAAAUAUCCCAUUGGGGAAGAUCAUUUGUCUCUCUGUCAUUUCUGCGUAGUCCAAAACAAAGUAAAUGAUAACUGCCACAUACCGCCAUAGUGCUGUGAAAAUGAAUAAUGCUAGCUGUUUCCAGAGGACUGAAAAUAAUAUAUUUAUUAUCGUUGGUGAAGUUUUGGAGUGUAAUGUAAGUUUUUUAUGUGUUAUCCUUGGGCCUUCAUUACAUUGUUUGUAAAGUUAGAGACAACUCUGGUGCUCAUUUCUCCUUGUGAGUUUUAAGGCCGCACGCCUGGCAGUGCCUGUAAUUUGUACCUAGCCAGUUGCAUGUUUUUCCUAGAGAUGUUUUCAGUGCAUUUGUUUCCUAAAGUUUAUAAUUUUAUAGUUCUUUUCUAACAAUUAUUCUAAGGUUUAAAACAAUGCCUUUCCUGUCAUAGCAUGGUGCCUAUCCCCAAAGAAUGAUUUCUAUCAUAUAAUAGAAAAAAACAGGUCAUUUUUCUUUGAUAUCUGUAUUGAAGAAUACAAAAGUACAGAAUAAAAUCACAUGCUUAAAUUGAGAACUCAGUGGCCACUUGUAAUAUUCUAGAAUUAAAGCCAAUUGGCUAGCCAUAUUUUUACUGUGUACUAUGGGGUUUUAUAUUGAAACAAUCAUUUCUUUAAGUGUACUUUGAAAAUGAAAAGUGACUUUGAUACUUUUGGUUUUGUUAAAGUACCUGAAAUCUUUACCAUUUUGUCUAAGAGACAUCUAUUUAAACAAAGAAAUUUAAAUACAAAAAUGGGACGGCGAGGUAUUUUUGUUUGGUAGGGCCUUAACUAAAGCAAUAGGGUGUUUACUAGGCCACUUCAUAAAGUUCUUACUCAUGCAGUCUUAAACAUUAUUCUGUAAGAAAUUCUGAAACAGAAAAUUAUGAAAACAGGAGCACUAACAUGUAUUGUGCAUCUGUGUAUUGUGUAUAAACAUAGGCCUCUAAAAUUUGGCUUUGGAAAAACGCAAGUCUGUACUAUAUUGUGUUUUUAUUGUGUUUGUGGUUAUUUUUGUCACCACCUUUCUGAGUUGAGUGUCAAUGCAGGGUGUUUGGAAAAAUGUCCCCUUUGUGUAUAUACAGUAGGAUUGCAAGGUUCUAAAAGAAGUCAUGAGACUUUGCAUGUGUGCACAAAAUGCUAAUGAGUACAUUCUUCCCUAGUGCUACCAGGAAGGCUAAUUUCCUUUCGGAAUGCAAAAUAAAAGAUGCAGGGUACAUGAUAGCCGCUCUGGUUCUACCAGUGCUUCUUGCUGUAAAUGCUUUAAAAGAAGACCUAGAGUUUAUUACAUAAUACCCCAUCAACACUAUGCAUGUGCAUGCUGGUGUAAAUGGGUAUAUUUUAUGAAGAAAUGGGGUCAUUUGCUAUCACCUACACAUAUAUUAUGGAUUAAUGUAGUAUGCCAUCAAAGUUUUUGCUUAGUAUUGAAAAAAACCUUCAUAUAAAAAAUGUUCUCUUGGGGGUUGGGGAUUUAGCUCA